AUGUCAGACGCCAACGACAUCGGCCGGAAGGGGUCGCUCUUCCUCUCCCUCCUCUUCUCAUUUGUCGCCGCCGGCCUAUCCAUCGCCGCCAUUUUGACACCAUCCUGGCAAAUUGUGAAUCUGCGAGAAUAUGGAUCCAUCCACGAGCACGGACUAUGGCUGGACUGUACAAGACACUCUAGAGAUGGCAAUCAUAUUUUGCAGAGAUACGCCACCGUCACCGAACCCCUCCACUGCGUCUACAAAUUCGAUUAUGACAAGUAUUCGGGAACUUUCGAGUUGGAGGAUGAUAACAGUCCAGUUGGAGAGGUCAAUCGGCACAAAUUCUAUGGAUGGCACACAUCUACCAUGAUCCUGCUCGGAUUCGCCCUCCUCACCACCGGAUUAUCCACGUUCAUCGGCGCAUGCGCUUGCUGUCACUCAUCCCUCUCACUAUUCUUCACCAUUAUUACACUGUUGACGACCCUGCUCUCCGCGAUUGCCGAAGGAAUCUUCUUCUUCUACUCUCAUCGUGCUGACAACCGAUUCAUCAAGGGAAUCGUGGGAACCUACGAACAACGUGUCGGCACUGCGUUCUUCCUCGAAAUGGCCGCCUGUUUCUGUCAUUUGAUCUCAUUUUUGAUUGCCAUGCUCUUCACAUACUUCUCGUUCGCUUCGGCGAAGGAUUCCGAUGGUUUCAGUAUUCAACGAUCGAGCAGGACUAAUGUGACGAAUAUUGGGCGAUCGAUUGAAUUCGAUGCCCCCCUGAUGUACCCACCACAAACCCCGGUUUCCGGAUUCCGAGCCGCCAGCUAUCUUGACGAGAAGCCAGUCAUCGCUGAGAGUAUGCCAGAGCUUGGACAGAGAGGCGCCUACCCAUCGAACGACUUCCUCUCCUCGAGAAUCCGCCGGAAAAGUGAGACAUGCGUCUAG